UACUGAUCCAAGUAUAUCGGUAUGGGCCAGUGUGGACACGGCGCGACUCGAGGCAAUCCUGGCGAAGGAUCCAGCUCUCAGGUAAACCCCCCCGCACGCAAACUCAGACGAUCUAACGCAAAGAUCUAUCGGGACGAAAACAAUCGGGUGAUGGUGAUGGAAUGGCCCGAGCCUCUUUCCAGUUCGACUUCGACAUUCGCUUCUGACUCGGGCUCAAGCUUUGGAGAUGGUCACCAUCCGAUCCAGCGUGUUAGCAGGCACAAGGUGACGAUCGUGGAACCCGGCGAGUCCACCUAUUCGGAUACGGCUACCGUGCAUUCUGACGUGGCUGUUCUAGACAGCUACCAUCCAGUCCAGCACGUGAACAAAAAGAAGGUGGUUAUUGUGCAUCCGGAAGAGAGCAUCCAUUCGCAGGCAGCUUCUGAGGAUUACUGUUCUUCAAACUCGGAGUCACGUGGGGUUAGGCAUGAUCGGAAGGAGGUUAAGCAGACCUUUCUUUUCGAUGCGAGCUCUGAUGACGACUCCGAGAACUUGUGUGAACUUAAUCAUCAGAGUCGCCGGGUUAAGGGAAAGCGCCCUGGCAAGGGUAAGCAGCCGGUCAGGGGUGAGCAGCCUGAGAAUUUGUCGAUGAGGCAGUGGACGGGUGCUAGUAAGACCCCGGGUUCGUCCCGUACGCGGGGGGGGUCUGGAGCUAAUCCCAACCUUCGCUGGCCUUUCAUGGGCGGGUUCUGAUGGACCAUUCAGUUAUUCUGGUCUUGCUUGUGAUCUGUGGACUAGAUUGGAUUUGCUACGUAGAACGUAGAGCCUUUCUUGUGCUUUGGCUUCCAAGCCUUGGAAUGCCGGACUCCUGCUUUGGUCUCUCUUUAUCAUGGGUUUCUUUUGCUUUUCGGAUCAUGACCUUUUGAAUGACCUAAUGAAUACAUUCGGUUUGCAAAAUAUUCAGACUCACUUCAUGAUCCAUAUCGUCAGUUAACGUAGGGUUGUAAAUAUUCCAAGUAAUAGUCGGGCUCUGUUGUAGGACGAAUAUGAUCGACCCACUUCAGCUGAAAUAUGCAUAAUCCGUAGACAGAAAAAAUUUCUUACGAUUCCUGACUGGCAUGAUGCCGCACCAAAAAGGCCCCAGCUAGUCCGGUCACUGUAUAUUGAAAGUAAUCAAUCCGAAAGUUUGCUUUCCCAAACAUCCAGUGUAGUUGUGGGGGAAUUGAC